AGCUACUGUAGUCGCGCUCAGAGGGUCCCACAGCAGGCUGGUAGUAGGAUCAGACCCUGCACCGCUCCGCCAUCCGCACACCGGCCUGCGGGACGCGUCGCACUUCUCCGUCCGGGAUGGAGAAAGACGCCUCUGAACCGGACCCAUCCCGCCAGCGGAACGGGUUCGUGGGCGCGCUGUACGGGGAGUUCAUCGACACGCUCAACGACAGGGUCCGGUACUCGGUGAGCUUGACGGAGAGCGCCCUGACCAUCCAGAGGAUCUGCUCGUCACCCGGCCGGACUAAGGUGGUUUUUAACUUGACCGACUGCAUCGGCUGCCGGGCGUACCGAGGGCCGGACAGCUCGGACGUCGGAGCCUACUUUACAGUCUAUUUCUACCCGUUCAAGAGGCGCUGGAUGAGCGCCGGAGUGGCCCGACAGAGAGUGGAGCAGUGCUUUCGGGUCGCCCUGGUCCAGGACCCGCUCGCCAACCUCCAGGAGGCUGAGAGGUGGGCUCAUGCCAUCAGAGAUGCGUCGGUGCUGCAGGCGCCUCGGAGGGACGGUGUGACGUAUACGGAGGUGCGUCGGCCUUGCAGAGUCAUGAUACUGGUGAACCCUCACAGUGGGCGCGGUCAGGCUCUGCAGCUCUUUACCGGUCACGUACAAGGCAUGCUCACUGAGGCUGCUGUUCCCUACACACUUGUCAUCACAGAGCACCAGAACCACGCACGGGAGUUGGUGAGGAAGGCAGACCUUUCACAGUGGGACGCCCUGGUUAUCAUGUCUGGGGACGGGCUGCUGUUCGAGGUGAUAAAUGGCCUGAUGGACCGGGAGGACUGGCAAGAGGCCAUCCAGACCCCUCUGGGUAUUCUACCAGGUGGCUCAGGCAACGCCCUGGCUGCCUCCGUCCACCACUACUCACAGUCGCCUCCAGCAUGGAAUGAAGAGUUACUAUUGAGUUGUGGCUUCAUGCUGUGCAAAGGUCUGGUUGGCCCCUUGGACCUAGUGUCGAUCCACUUGGCCUCUCAGCAGCGCCUCUUCUCCUUCCUCUCCCUGGCCUGGGGUUUCGUGGCAGAUGUUGACAUCGAGAGUGAGAAGUACCGCCAUGUCGGAGCUAUCCGCUUCCUAAUGGGCACCCUGGUGCGACUGGCCUCCCUCAGAGUCUAUCAGGGCAAGUUAGCAUAUCUGCCUGUUAAGGAGGCACCAAAACUUCCAAAAGGGAGCAUCAAGGCUAACCACCCUCCCUCCACACCUCAGCACCCCUCACUCUGCUCCUCCCUUCCCUGUCAGCUCAUCCCUCACUCCUCUCCAAAUCAGAACUCUCGCCACAUUCACAACAGCACAAAUUCCAACCACAACACCAUCACCAACUCCUCCAACAACGCUAUCACCACCAAGAGACCUGAGACCCAGAGUGAUGGCAAGACCAGAGCACUGGUGGACUCUCUUCUUCCUGGCCUGGACCAGCCAGUUCCAGAGAGCUGGACUGUAGUCAAGGAGGAGGACUUUGUCUUGGUGUUGGCUAUUUACCAGUCCCACCUUGCUGAGGACUUAUGGACAGUCCCCGGAGCGAUGGCAGAUGAUGGACUGAUUCAUUUGUUCUACGUCACAGCAGGAAUCUCCCGUCCAGCCCUCCUGCGCCUUUUCCUCGCCAUGGAGAAGGGUGCCCACUUGGCGUGCGGCUGCCCCCACCUGGUAUAUGAGAAGGUGAAGGCCCUGAGGCUAGAGCCCAUCUCUCCACAAGGGAUGAUCACUGUGGAUGGAGAGAUGGUGGAAUACGGGCCUGUUCAGGCUCAAAUCCAUCCAGGACUGGCCAGACUCAUAUGUGGAUGAACCUGGAUUAUCUUAAUCUUUUUUCUGGUUGCAGAGCUUUCUAGUUUGGCCUUUUAUACUCAAUGUCGAUUCUUUUAUGUAUGCUGUGUUUUCAGAAGUGCCAAAGACAUUUUAUCAGCCUCUGGAAAUUCCUCUAUUUUUCUACAGAAACAACUUGUCCUCUUAAUGUUUGAUUCAGGGUCAAAGCCAUGGUUGGUUGUUCUUGCUGCUGGCUGGUCCCAGCUUAGGGAAAGAGAGAGGGGGAUUUUGUGUGUGUAUGUGUGUGUGUGCAUAAGAGAGAAAUCUUUAUGUAUGUGUGUGUGCACUCAAGUGUGUGUAUGUGUGAGAUUGUGCGUGAGGAGCUUUGGAACAUAGUGGCGCAGUGCUGUGGCUGAGGAGUGCAUUGUGCACGCUGCUGUCGGACCUCAUAAGCAUGACACACGUGAAGAGAAGCACAUUUUCCCGUCCCGGGAUACUCCUGGAGAAACCACGCCCCUUGUCCCACUAUACUACACCAUGCCGCCAAUCUCCUUCCUGGGCAACCACUCUAUGAGCAUCACCUCCCCCUCAGCUUGGUAAAGAGGAGCUUUCUUAGUAAGGAGAUAUAAAUCCCCGAGGGAUUUGAUGUUGACAAAUCUUUAAUCUUUGCAUAGUUUUUAUAUAGAAAAAAAAAAACCCUCAAACAAUACCAGAUCUAAUCAUACUAAGCAUUAGUACCCGGUGAAUUUAACCCCCGCCCCCCCACCUUCCUUACUGUGUGUUCAAACUUCCUCCAGCUGCUAAUGCAUGCAUGGAGUGCUGUUGAAGCAGACAGAAACCUGGCCAGCAGAGCUUACACCUCCACCGACAGCUGAUCCAUUUCCUGUCCUGUCCGUAUUCCUGCCCUGCUCGAUCUGCAGCCAUCAUCAAACUGUAGGAACUGCCUCCACUCACACAUAAAUACACACGCACACACACGCACUCUCACUUUCUUUUCCCCAUCCCCCCUCCUCUUGUGCACACAUCUUCACAUACACACUCGUUCCCUUUCAUCUCUGCAGCACUUAGCGAGGGGGAGGGGCAUGGUCUGCUACUGUGCAUAUGAUCCCCUCUCCUCUUGCCAUCUUAAGAUUGUACUCGCUCUCCCUCCCUCGGUUAAUGAGCCAUCAGCACCUAAUGUGUCCUUAAUAUUGUGCUUUACAUCUAAAAAAAGUGUGAUAGAGUUGGAGAGGGUUUAUUUUAAUCAUAUGACAGCUUUAAAGAGAGUUUCAAACAAAUAUUAGGCUGGAUGAAGCACACUAACGUGGAGAGAGCAGGGUUUCACACGGGGUCAGUCUGUGUUGCAUAUUGAGAGGCAUGCGAUCAAUGUGAGCUGGACAGAGUCAAGUGCUCUGCUCCGCUGUGUGGCCUUUUCGCUGGCUGUCGGUGCUGUGGUGAUGGGCAUUAGAGCACUGGAGCAGAGGAGAGUGCAAAUGUUAGCAUUAUCAUCAGUGCCCCCUCAUCCCCUCUCUCUCUCUCACACACACACACACACACUCUCACAUGCCAGACUAUUUCAGGUCAUGAUGACCGCACCAGAACUGUUACACCCACAGGUAUGCAUCAACUGAAAAUCAUCACUUAAGAGAGCGAGUUGUCUUUCCUGACCUUAAAAAGAAAUUAUAUUCUUUAAUCAAAAAAUAUAUAUAUAUAUACAGAAUGUCAACAGGGUAAUAGAAAUCAUGCUGUAAGAAUGCCGAUGCAUCCGCUACAAACAAAAUCACCUCUUAUGCUGUAAGUGAAAAGUCGAAUGUUGACAGACUAAUGGGGUUCAAGGAAAUGCUGAUUGCCAGCUUUUCAAAGCUUUGAUAAAUACAUCAGUGUCAUCCUGAGUGUAUUGCAGUCAAUGCAAUGACUGAUAGCGCACAUUAUUUUCCUGCUGCUUUUUCUGGAGCUUGUGAAGGAACAAUGAGUGAUUGGCCUCCACUGAAAGGAGCAUAAUAUUAUAUUUUUUUCACGUAAUGCAAACAGAGGGAAGGUUUCUUCAGGGACUGUAUUAAAAUUAUUGGGGUGUGAUGGGGGGCUGAAUCUUAUGUUUACCUUUACCCAGUAUUUUUAACAUCUUCUACGGUCCCUUGCUUUAACUUCCUUUUGGGUCAAUCCAUACAAAACAUUAAGAUUGAGCAAUAUGGAC